AUGCUUUCAGUUCAAAAAGUGAGACAACAAAUCCAACGAAACUGGGUUGUGCAGAGUUUUUGCAGGCACGAAUCAGUAUGCAGCCAUUUACUUGCCUUUUUUUCUCUUCGAACUGCAAAGGAAUUCUACUUUAAUGAUAAAUUUGUAACUGGUGAAUCAAGAUUCGAAAAAAUCCUUAUUGCUAACCGAGGGGACGUCGCCUGCCGUGUCAUUGCCACUUGUAGGCGAUUGGGCAUCAAGACUGUUGCUGUCUACAGUGUGGCUGAUGCCGGAUCCCGGUUCGUCCAUAUGGCUGACGAGGCUGUCUGUUUGGGACCUGCCCCUGUGGCCAUGUCUUACCUUAGCAUGGAUGCCAUUAUAAACGCUGUCAAGAUUACUGGUGCCCAGGCUGUGCAUCCUGGCUAUGGUUUUCUGUCGGAAAACUCAGUAUUCGCCAAGAAACUAGAAGAUAAUGGAAUUGCUUUCUUGGGCCCCAAUUCAAGGGUCAUUAGAACAAUGGGUGACAAGAUUGCAAGUAAACGUAUCGCAACCAAAGCUGGGGUCAACUGUAUUCCCGGCUACGAUGGUGUAGUCAAUGAUCUUGGUGAAGCUGUUAGGAUAGCCAACACCAUCGGCUUUCCUAUCAUGAUGAAGGCCUCCGCUGGCGGCGGCGGCAAGGGCAUGCGCAUUGCGUGGGACGAAAAAGGUAUAAUUGAAGGCUAUCAACUUUCACGUCGGGAGGCUAUAGCCAACUUCGGUGAUAACCGGAUGCUCCUUGAAAGGUUCAUGGACAAGUCGCGUCACAUUGAAAUUCAGGUCCUCUGUGACAAAUACGGCAACGCCAUUCAUCUAAAUGAACGUGAGUGCUCUAUCCAGCGUCGUAACCAAAAAAUCAUCGAGGAGGCUCCAAGCGUGUUCCUUGACUCAAAUACUCGUCGCGCCAUGUGCGAGCAGGCCGUUAACCUUGCUCGAGCUGUCGGCUACGACUCUGUGGGUACGGUCGAGUUUCUAGUUGAUGAGAAGCGCAAUUUUUACUUCAUUGAAAUGAAUACCCGUCUGCAGGUGGAACACGCUGUCACAGAGUGUAUCACUGGUAUUGACAUUGUUCACCAAAUGAUCCGCAUUGGAAAAGGUCACAAACUCCUGUACAAACAGGAGGACGUCCCUAUUGAUGGCUGGGGUAUCGAGUGUCGAGUCUAUGCAGAAGAUCCCUACAUAGCGUUCGGUCAGCCGUCAUCUGGGCGUCUCACCUCGUGCAUUGAGCCCCUUCACAUCGACGGAGUACGUUGUGAUUCGGGCACCAUGGAGGGUUCGGAAAUUUCGUCUUUUUACGAUUCUAUGAUUUGCAAACUUAUCACUUUUGGCGACAAUCGUCAGGAGGCCCUUGACACAAUGAUUAGGGCUCUUGAUAGCUUUGUCAUCCGAGGCGUGACCAGCAACAUCCCCCUUCUUAGAAAUAUCCUCACUGAGAAGCGUUUCAUUUCUGGUUCAAUGACAACUAGUUACCUAUCCGAGACCUACCCUGAGGGUUUCCGGAGAAACAUGCUCUCGAAGCAGGAGGUCUCCAGACUUGUUGCUGUUGGUGCUUCAGUCAGCGUGAAGGCUGCACUUCGCAAUCGUACUCUUGUCCCUGGGGACACGGGUAGGUUCGAGCAAGGUCCUUUUAACCUCGUCGUGAAUCCUCCCGAUUUUCCUCCUGUCAAAGCUUCUAUUGUCAUCAAACAUGAGGCCCACACCAGGAAAAAAUUCUUCGAAGUUACCGUCAGUCAGUGGGAAGUGCCCAGGAAAAUCGCUGGAAUUAAGGAGGGAGAGGAGGUUGCUGAAGCCAACGGACAAUCGAUAUCAAAACCUGUUGUUAUCCUCGUUGAGGAUAAUUUUACGCUUGCCGAUCAUUUGAUCCAGCAGGAUUUUAAUGGUGAGAGUACCGUUCUUCAGUUGCUUUCGCGCGACACCACCGGUAACGUGUCCCUCCAGUACCUUGGAUCCGUCUUCCACCUGAAAAUACGUAGUGAAAAAGCAGCCUCCUUGGAAGCCGCCUUUAUUCUGCCAAAGAAGGCAGUGGACCACAGCUCAGUGCUGACGGCGCCUGUGCCUGGCUUGAUCACUUCGGUCUCAGUGAAACCAGGCGAUUUGGUCAAUGAGGGUCAAGAGAUGUGUGUUCUUGAGGCCAUGAAAAUGCAGAACUCGAUGGUCGCUAGUCGCUCGGGCAUUGUGAAAGCGGUCAACUUCAAACAGGGCGAGACGGUUGCAGUGGGAGACGUUAUCAUUGAACUGGUGUAG